UCGCUCCGCCGCCAGCCACGGCGGCGCCAGUUGCAGGAGGGUUUGUGGUGGAUAACAUGGGGAAUUGUCAGUUUCCGAUGGCCAUGCAGAAUGGACCCCUCAUGGGAUUUGGAAAUGGGGUUGUGGCUAUUGCUGGGAGUGGGAGCGGGAGUGGUGGUAGUGGCAGAGGGAAGAGGAGGUCAACUGUUGAAGAGUUGCCGCUUGAUAAAGCUACACAGCAGAAGCAGAGACGCAUGAUCAAGAACAGAGAGUCUGCUGCUAGAUCUAGAGAGCGAAAGCAGGCGUAUACUGUGGAAUUGGAGUCUUUGGUUACUCAAUUGGAGGAGGAAAAUGCAAGGCUUUUGAAAGAAGAGGCCGAGAAGAAUAAGGAGAGACUUAAGCAGAUUAUGGAGAACCUCAUACCAGUCGUAGAGAAACGAAGACCACCAAGAGUUCUGCGGAGAGUUCGAUCUAUGAGCUGGUAGGUCGUCUUAAAUGAUCCAAAACCAAUUGAUGUCAGAAUCAAUGAUUGUACUGCUACAGGAGCUGCAGGAAAGUUGGAGGAAGAGGUUUUUCUGAUUACCAGAAGAGUUUAGGCCGUACAUAGUCUGCAGUUAACUUUUUAGGUGACAGAACUGCUAAGAGCCCAUCUCCAAACCGAAGAUGACGAAAGCUGCAAAGUUCUUUCUUGAAUGUCUUGUGCAUGAAUGAGAUUUAUGUAAGCAUUAGGCUUAUGCUUGGCUAGCUUUUUAUAGUUUGUUGACGUAGUAGGAGAAGAAUAUACUGUACUUUAGCUUCCGCAGGCAUAUCAUGCUGGUUGCAGGGAAGAUUGAUGAACGUGGACUUUGUUUAUACUAACUGAUGUUGCAGUAGUUUCUGUUUUUUGGAAUAAGAAUUGGUCUUAUGAGUAUUAUGUGCCAAGUUUUUAA